UUGCGAUUGUAUGUGUUCUACCACUAACUUCCGCUGUUGUUUCACUAGAACACAACAAUAUAAAGUGGCGGUGAAAGUUGCCCGUGGUUUGAUGAAGUCGGCAAUGAAGCGAAUUGCGAAACGUAAGGUGCUAACUCCAGGAAGGCUGACAGGAGGAGCAUCCAGGGAGCAACAUGCUCGGAAACGAGCUACCACAACUCCAGGGCAAGAUGAACCGGCAUAUUCUUUGUAUUCCUCGGACCCCAAAGAGCAGGUUGACAGUCUGCACUUAGGACUGGAUCGCUGUGCUGCUUUGCUGUCUGGCAUUCUUCAGGUGCACAACGCAGAACCCUCAGUACGACCUCUCAAAGCAGCGAAGGCAGCCAAGCCAAAACCAUCCACCCCACUGCAGAGAAAAACCAGCAGGAAACCACCUACAAAGACAGAACAGUAUUGUAAUGUGGCUCCAGAAGCACAGUGUCUGCCUCCAGUGUCACACUCAGGAGUGAAGCAAAACCAUGCCCUCAUACAGCCUCACUUGUCUCCAUCACUGAGGGUGAGACAUCCGCUUCCUGGAUAUGCCCACUCCCAGCCAGACCCGGCGCCUCGCUCCUCCUCUGGGCGGCUUACUCCUGCUCAGACUGACCGGCAGCCGCCUGGUGGUCAACACACAGCCUCCUUCAAUGGCGAGGAAGUUGAUGCUGAGCCUGUGAAAGACAGAGACACCCAAAUGUUUAGAAUGCAAGAGGAGCUGACCCUCGCUCAAUCUCGACUGCAGGAACUUCAAGUUGACCUAGCAGAAGUGAAGAAAUCUCUUCUGGACACAAAGAAACAGCUGCAGGACACAGAGGCCGAGAACAUGCUGAUAAAAUCAGAAUUGGAGACCAUUCGGACCAAGCUGGUCCACAGUGAGCAGGCAAAGAGCAGACUGGCCUCACUUGCUCAGCACAGACUGGAACAGAUCGAAAACCUCCAGAGGAUUAUCCAGAGUGGCAGCGACACAGUUGGUCUGUCUUUGUCAGACACAGCGCCCAGGGAAAAACUUUAUGAUCGGAACAGCGCCACUGAACACAUCACCAAGUACCUGACAACUCUGCGCCAGUCGGAGUCCUCGCACGCUGGUGGUCAUGUGCACUUGGCGACAGAGAGUGAAGGAAAUGAAGCAGAGGAAGCACAAAUGAGCUCAGCCCUGCUAAGAAAGGUGUCCUCACAUCCAAACCAACUGGAUGAAGCACAUUGUGUCGCUUAUGAGGGCGUCCCAUUAUCAGCGCUGCAGAUAGGAAAAGCGCGCCGGCGACUGUUUGACUCGUUCCUUUCACUGCACGAUGCUGAUUCUGUCUCAUCCGACUGCAGUGGAAGGUCAGUGUCGACCUUUGACACCAAAGAUGAGGUGGCAUUCCAAGACGGAUUGGCGGCCUUGGAUGCCAGCAUAGCCAGUCUGCAGAAAACCAUCCAACUGGAUUUAGCGAGAUGAUCUUGCUUGUUUUUAUUUGCAAAUGUUUCAUUUUUGUUUGGAUCAUAUUAAUACAACACAUUUAAGAUUACCAAUAAAAAAUAUUUGUAUUUGUGGCUGUGAGAGACAAUAAUGGACAUGAGCUUAAUGAUGAGUAACAAAUGCCAGCUGGUGUGGCAUUGCAGUAGUUGUCCGACCUACACUCCAAAAAAAAAAAAAAAAAAUUAAACAUUUACUUAAAAAAAGCUCAGUAACUUUUUCCACGUAGGCAAACUAAGGAAAAAUUACAAGGGUCAUUCUCUUGUUAAACUACGGUAUGCAUCAUUGUCAAGUAAGCGCUACUUGCUUUUUAAGAAUUACAUUUAUUAGCAUAUUGCUUUACCUCAUAAAACUUCAUUGGAAAAUGUGUAGUUAUUUUUACUUAGCCGAUGCUUGCAAAUUGACAUUUUUUUCAAGUAAUCCCUCCUUGCAUAUUUCAAACAUCCUAUAGAAAUUUCUUAACAUGUAUAGUUUCCAAAAUCUUGCACAUUUUCUGCAAGAUUAAAGGUGAUUUUAUGGAUUGAAAGCAUCACUAAGUGUUCACUAAGCAGAUUACUCUGAUCUCUACUGCUCAUACAAAACAAGCAAUGCAUGCAUGAAGACAUUAUUAAAAAAGUGACAACGUGACACGCUUCUCUGGAAAACUGCAAAAUGUGUUUAAUAGGAAAAGAGGUAUUUUAAACAAUCAGCACCAAAUGCAUAUCCCCAAACUGCUGAGUCAUCCAAAAAAGCCUGAGUGUAUUUUUUGAAAAUGGCAAUACAGUUUAGAACACAUUUUUGUGAAAUGGGAGUUGAUCUUUGAGAAAAGGAUUAUGAGUCCUGGCACAGAUGGCUGUCACCUCCAGCAUCUUGAAAAGAUCUCUGCUCUAUGAAGCCACUGUUGGUCAGCUCCUCUGCUGUGUCCCCAAAGCCGUGAUAAUGUCCAUAAUUUAGGAAGUCACUGUAGUCCGCUCCUGACAGGCCCUGCAACAGCGGCCGAUGGGACACACAGGUGCUGGGACUUCCUGUCAGGUGCAGGGAGCCGCACAUGUCAGCUGGUCUGUGCUGACAGGGUGGGGCACCAACCUGCUGCCAAGACAGCGGAGUGGAAUCCUCAUCGCAGGCGGGAUUCAUUGCUUCCUCGUUAUUCUGGUCAACAGGACACAGCGGCAGCAGUGGAUGAAAGCACUCGAUGAUGGUGCCUGAAUCUGCUGGUUAUAAAAAAAAUAAGUUUUAAUCCUUUAGCACCGACAGUAGGUUCCCAAAGUGGGAACACCGA